UUAUAUUAAUUAAAUAAAACUGAAUUAAAAAAAAUACAUAAACAGAAUAAGGUGGCACCAAAGAGACGCACUAUUUUGACCACGGUCCUACAAAAUAGUCCACUAUCCCAACCCAACCCUAUCCUUCUUCCUAACGUUCUCAAUCUCGCCUUCUUAGUUGUGUAUAUAUAUAUAGAAAAACUAGCAAAACACAAACGUAAGACCGUUGCUUCUGACUUCAUAGUUCAAACACAACUUCAUCCAUCCAUGGCUACCAUCUCCUUUCUCUCCUUCCUGGUGGUGUUGCUCCAUUUGGCCGUCGUUGCCGUGCACGGCAUCGGCAUAAACUAUGGCACUCUGGGCGACAACUUACCGCCACCGGCGACGGUGGCGAACUUUCUGAAGACGCGGACGACGAUCGACCGUGUGAAGAUCUACGACGUGAACCCGCAGAUCCUGCAGGCCUUUGCGAACACCGGCAUCCCCGUGACGGUGACAGCACCAAACGGCGACAUCGCCGUUCUGAAGCAAAUCGAGUCGGCGAGGCAGUGGGUGGUCACGCACAUCAAACCCUUUCACCCGCAGACAAAAAUCAAAUACAUCCUCGUCGGCAGCGAGCUCCUCCACUGGGGCGACGCCGCCAUGAUCCGCGGCCUCAACCCCGCCAUGCGAACCCUCCACGCCGCCCUCCUAGCGGAGGGCAUAACCGACAUUAAGGUGACCACAGCUCACUCUUUGGGUAUAAUGAGGUCAUCGAUUCCGCCUAGUGCGGGGAGGUUCAGGCCCGGAUACGCAAAGCACGUGCUGGGCCCAAUGCUGAAGUUUCUAAAGGAGACCAAAGCGCCCUUCAUGGUGAACCCGUAUCCCUAUUUCGGGUACAACGGAAAGAACGUUAACUUCCUUCUCUUCAGGCCCAACCGCGGCUUGUACGACAGAUACACCAAACUCAGCUACACCAACCAGUUCGACGCUCUCUUGGACGCCGUCUACUCCGCCAUGAAGGACUUGGGCCAUGGUGACGUGGACAUCGCCAUCGGAGAAACGGGUUGGCCCUCCGUCUGCGACGGUUGGGACGCCUGCAGCUUGUCCAACGCUCAGUCCUUCAACGGCCAACUCGUGAAGCACUUGGCAUCCGGCAAGGGAACACCGUUGAUGCCCAACCAAACCUUCGAGACCUACAUCUUCGCGCUCUUCAAUGAGAACCAAAAGCCCGGCCCAAUAGCAGAACGCAACUGGGGCCUGUUUAAGCCCGAUUUCACGCCCGUCUACGACUGCGGAAUCAUGCGCAACGGACAGAAUAUUGCACCUGCAAAUCCUGGACCUGUAGCGCCAACAAAACCUGGACUUGCACCUGCAGGUGGAAGUGGAAAAUGGUGUGUGCCAAAAGCAGAGGCUAACGAUGCAGCUUUGCAAGCGAACAUAAACUAUGUGUGCAGCCAAGGAGUUGAUUGUAAACCGAUUCAACCCGGUGGAGUCUGCUAUGCCCCCAACAAUGUGAAGGCACUUGCCACCUAUGCCAUGAAUGCUUACUACCAAGCCAAUGGCCGCCAUGAUUUCAACUGUGAUUUCUCCAACACUGGUGUCAUUACCACUACUAAUCCGAGCCAUGAUAACUGCAAAAUCUGAGCUUUCUGAUGGAAGAUUAUUAUGAUACGAGAGAUGAAAAAGCCCGUUGUCUGGUGGCGAUGUGGCUUAAUUAGCGGUAUCUUUGCGAUAUGCUUCAUUAUUUAGUUUGUAUAUUGUUCUGGAAAAAGAAUCUUAAACCUCGCAUGACAUUUCAUGCUUCUUCGCCUUAUAUUAUGUCACUAAUUCGGAACCUUACAUUAAUAUUAACAUCAGCUGGUGGUUCUUAAAUUUCAGACUAACGUUGUUUAAUGCUUCAUCAUGAUUAUACGAUUAUAAUUAUUUA